UUACGGUCAAACACUUCCGGUUGCUGGGGAAUCUUCGGUUUCUAAACUUUUAACCUGUGUGCAGUUUGUUGUCAUUUUGCUGUGAGUUUGUUGUUUCUCUGUGAGAUUCUCUGAUGGCGACAGGAGAAGGGCAGGAGGUUCAGGAACUACAGCUCGAAUCCGUUAUUGGGUUCAACGGUCACGUGUUCUCUGGACUGCGAGUCCACCCGGACCAAGAGCACCUCAUCUACCCGCUCGGGUGCACGAUGAUCAUCAAGAACCUAUGGGACGGAAAGCAGAGCUUCCUCCGAGGACACACCAACAAUGUCUCGUGUGUGUCUGUGUCCAGGAGCGGGAAGUACGUGGCGUCAGGACAGGUCACCUUCAUGGGCUUCAAGGCUGAUGUGAUAAUCUGGGAUUAUGCUACACGAGACAUUCACGCUCGGCUCGUCCUCCACAAGGCCAAAGUGGAAGCGCUUGCGUUCUCUCCAAAUGAGAAAUACCUGGUGUCUCUGGGAGGACAAGAUGACGGCAGUAUCGUGGUGUGGAAUGUGGAGAAGAAGGAGGCGAUCUGCGGGAGUCCGGCGUCGGCUCAAAGCACAGGCCACUGUCUCACCAUCAACUACUGCAACCUGAGCGAUGACGUCUUCGUCUCAGCAGGACAUGGUACGCUCCGUGUGUGGGAGCUCGACCUGCCCAACAGGAAGAUCCGCCCCACUGAGUGUCAAACGGGGCAGUUAAAGAGGGUAAUUAAGUGCAUCGAGAUUGCAGAAGACGACUCUUUCUUCUACUGCGGCACUACGAGCGGAGAUGUGCUCCGAGUGAACCUGAAGAGUUGCCUGCUGAACAGCUGUGGACCUCAGAAACACAAAUUCAGCAAAGGUAUAAAUGCUCUGAAGAUGCUGAAGACUGGAGAUAUGUUGGUGGGAUCAGGAGACGGGAUGUUCAGCCUCUGUUCCAGCACAACCUUUAAAACCAUCAAGAGUGUGACUCUGGAGGGUGGUGUGUCGUCUGUGGCUCUGCAUGGUGAAGGUCAGCAGGUGUUUGUGGGCACUGAGGCGUCUCAGAUUUACAGGUUCGGCUACAUCGACUUCACUCCGGAGCUGAUCGCCACCAGCCACAGCAGUGCGGUUUGGGACACAGCCUUUCCAGUAGGAACGUCAGAGCUCUUUGCCUCUUGCUCUCAGGAUGAUAUCCGUGUUUGGCACACAUCUUCCUGUAAAGAGCUUUUACGGAUCAGAGUCCCGAACAUGACGUGUAACGCGAUCGGCAUCAUGCAAGAUGGCCAGAGCAUCUACAGCGGGUGGAACGAUGGGAAAAUCCGUAUGUUUACUCCUGAGACCGGCCGUCUGAUGCUGAUGAUCCCCAGCGCUCACAAUAUGGGCGUGACAGCGUUAACGAGCGCCAGCGACUGCACACGCCUCGUUAGCGGAGGAGGAGACGGACAGGUGCGAGUGUGGGAGAUCCUGCAGGACACACACAGACUCAUCACCAGCAUGAAGGAGCACAAAGCUUCAGUCAAUGCCAUCAAGAUUAAAAGUAACGAUAAGGAGUGUGUGACAGCCAGUUCAGACGGAACCUGCAUCAUCUGGGACCUAGUGCGCUUUGUGAGGAAUCAGAUGGUUUUAGCGAACACAAUGUUCAAAAGCGUCUGUUAUCAUCCUGAAGAAUAUCAGAUCAUCACCGGUGGAACAGACAGGAAGAUUGGCUACUGGGAGGUGUAUGAUGGAGCGGCCAUUAGAGAGCUGGAGGCCUCGCAGUCGGGGGCCAUUAACGGCAUGGACAUCAGUGCUGAUGGACAACACUUCAUCACUGGUGGUGAUGAGAAGCUGGUGAAGGUGUGGCGUUACGCUGAAGGUGAUGUCACACAUGUGGGUGUCGGCCACAGCGGCAGCAUCAGCAGCGUGUGUUUGUGUCCCAACAGCAGAUUUCUCAUCACCACCAGCACAGAUGGAGCCGUGCUCAUAUGGAGAUUCCCACACUGCACAUAAACCACGCCCACAAACAACACCCACACAUACAACAGCCACACAUACAACAGCCACACCCACAAACCACAGAAGCCACACCCAUACAAACCACACCCACAUGUACACAUACAACAGCCACACCCAUACAAACCACACACACACAUACAACAGCCACACCCAUACAAACCACACCCACAUGUACACAAACACCACACCCACUUCACAGAAAUGACAUCUAUGACCAGUAAACCACACUAAAGAUGAUAUUCAUGCUUAGUUUACUUAUUUCUGUGAUUAUUAUACGUUAUUAAUUAGUUUAAAGUGUUCUGGUGAUUUCCUGGUUAUUUUUAUUUUUAUUUUUAAUUUGAUUAGUUUUCCGUUCCACCUCACACAGUGUCUAAUGGUCAGAAAAUCUCUUGUAUUUUUUUCCUAUGUUCAGUGUUAUACAAAUCUUAAC